CUCUAAAUUAAGUGCUGGCACGUCUAACGAAUGCCACUGCGCUUUUAAUCUCCUCCUUCGCACGCGCUCAAGGGUGACAGGAGCGGCAAUAAACUCGUGCGUAAAUCAGUUGGAAACUUUAAUUAAUAAACAGGAACUGCGCUCCACGCGCACAUCGCUCCACAGCCAGACCCACUGGACCAGCAUUCCCGACUCACUUCCGGUUCGACUGCCUGUAACCCUUUCCUCUCCACAGCUCUGCUUCCAGAGGCGGAGGUCCGGGCAUCUGCGCUGUCAUUGGUCGACGCGCGCCGUCACCGCGUCUCCGUCGGCCUGUGAGUGGUGGUGGAGGCUGUCAGUCAGUGCCAGGCUGCUGCCGAAACUCCAGAGAGAGGGAGAUGUCAGAGGCUGAGCUGCUCCCUCGCUUCAGUAGCACUAGUGGGGUUCAGCAGCCAGCAUGGCCACAGCUGCCUCCAGCCCCUACACCCUGCUCAGCUCCAGCCCCAUGAUCCACCCGGACAGCCAGGCCAUGCAGCCUGCUAGCCCCUACAGAGGACACCAGAAGCUGCUCCAGAGCGACUAUCUGCAGAGCGUCCAGAGCAACGGACACCCCCUCGGGCACCAGUGGGCGAGCAGCCUGUCGGAGGGCAGCCCCUGGUCGUCCUCCAUGGAGCAGCAGGACGUGAAACCAGGCCGAGAGGACCUUCAGCUCGGCAUCAUCCAUCACCGCUCCCCGCACGUAGCGCAUCACUCCCCUCAUCACAACAACCAUGGCAACCACCCGGGAGCCUGGGGGACUCCGGUGUCCCACAACUCCUCCAUCACCAGCGGGCAGCAGAUCAACAUCUACUCCCAGACGGGCUUCACUGUCAACGGCAUGCUGGACCACGGUGGCCUCACACCUCCACCCAACCCGCAGGGCCAAGGCAUGCACCCGGGCCUCAGGGACACGCUCAGCCCCGAGCACAGCGACCUCGGCGGCCACCACUGCCACGACCACUCCGACGAGGAGACGCCGACUUCGGACGAGCUGGAGCACUUUGCCAAGCAGUUCAAACAGCGGAGGAUCAAGCUGGGCUUUACGCAGGCGGACGUGGGUUUGGCCCUGGGCACGCUCUACGGUAACGUCUUUUCCCAAACCACCAUCUGCAGGUUCGAGGCUCUGCAGCUGAGCUUUAAAAACAUGUGCAAACUAAAGCCGCUGCUGAACAAGUGGCUGGAGGAGGCGGACUCGUCCACGGGCAGCUCGAGCAGUAUAGACAAGAUAGCAGCUCAGGGGAGGAAGAGGAAGAAGAGGACGUCGAUCGAGGUGAGCGUGAAGGGGGUCCUGGAGACGCACUUUCUCAAGUGUCCCAAACCGUCCGCGCAGGAGAUCACCUCGCUGGCGGACUCGCUGCAGCUGGAGAAGGAGGUGGUGCGCGUGUGGUUCUGCAACCGGAGGCAGAAGGAGAAGCGCAUGACGCCGCCGGGGGAGCCGCCGCCGCACGAGGGACCCUACUCUCACAGCGGGAGCGCGGGAGACGCCUCCUCGUGCCACGAUCUCUGACCGCAGCACCGGGAGGAUUCCCCCCCACCCCCCGACACCCCACCCACCCCCACCCGGCACAGACUCUGGAGCGCACAAGGGGCGCAGCAGCCCCGGUACAGACUCCUCCACACGCCUCCAGCACUGAAACAAUAACAAUGACAGAGAUACCUGUUCAGCCUUCGUCAUUUUCUAGCUGUCGCGAGGGCAUUACUCUAUAGACGUCGCAUUUCAGAUUUUACCUUCGGAGCCCGCCAAAAUUAUUUUCUACAUCACGGAUAUAAAUACAAAAAUGUGCCUAAUAACCUGCCAGCGCCUUUGGUUUGUGUCACCACUUCUCAUCAAGCUCGAUAAUAACGAUAAGAUGGGACUGAUGUGUUCUGGGCUCCUCUCACACACUUUUGCUUCUGUUUGUAUGAACAGUGGAGUGAAACAAAUAGUAAUAAUCUCACUUUUUUUUCCCCUUCUUCUUCUUCUUCUUCUUCUUCUUCUUCUUCUUCUUCUUCUUCUUAAUUGAUUCGUUGCAGCAGCAGAUCGAGGCCAUUUUACAGCGCAGCUCAUGCUUCCCUCGGGCGUAUACGAUGCUUUAGUCCUCGUCAUAUUUACAGUCAUUAUUUUGUAACAUACUCGUAGCAGAUCUGUAAUUAUUAUUAUUUUUUUGCAUAUGCAAAUGUAGGCCCUCGUCAGCAGCCGUAGAGGUGCUGCUACCAACAUAAUAGCACUUGGAGGGUUUUUUGUUUUUUUGUUUUAAAUUUAUUUUAUUGAAUUCCUCCUUUAUGGCCUGUAGCUUGCGCCACCACACACACACACACACACACACACACACACACACACACAAACACACACAUUUACAGCUAUUUAUAAAUGCAUUUAUUUGAGUUCAAUCAUCUUCGACCAUAGAAACUGUGUGGACUCUGAAGCAGAGCCGAGAAUAGAAAGAGGGGUUGACGACGCUAUACACCUGCCUAUAAUUUUAUUGUACGUUCAGUAUCAAAAUUUUAUAAUCUUAAAUACUCCUGUUAUUGGUUUAUUUCUUAAGUAUUUUUUCGAAUAUUGUACAGUUUUAUAUAUUACCCUUUUGAAGUCAUUAAUUUAAACAAAUGCUCUUAGUUAUUCAUGCACUUAAUUAGCAAUGUAAAAGAAAGAAAAAAAAAACAACACAAUAUUUUCAGUAAGAUUGAACUGUUUCGGCGGUUUUAUUCCAAAUUUCGAUGACAGCUCAAGUAAUUAUUUAUUUUCAGUAUAAAGCUUGUAUUAUGUUUUGAAAUAAACUAUGUAUGUUGUAAUAAACAAUUUUCUUGCUACAACUGUUCACUGUC